UUUAAAUAAAAUAAGAAUUCAAAAAGAAAACUACAAAAUGAAAAAUAUUAUUAUCGGCUGCACCGGAAGCGUAGCCACAAUCAAGUUACCAGUAUUAAUUAAAAAACUGUUACAAUCUGAUCAAUCACUCCAGAUCAAAAUUAUUGUUACCAAGAACGCAAAACAUUUCUUUGAUGAAAAUGAAAUUCCUCCGGAAGUUUCAAUUUUAUCAGACGAAGAUGAAUGGCUGGCUUGGAACAAACGUGGCGAUCCCGUCGUUCAUAUAGAUUUGGGAAAAUGGGCUGAUUUAAUGGUAAUUGCUCCACUUGAUGCAAACUCCUUAGCAAAAAUUUCAACUGGCAUUUGUGACAACUUACUCAUGUGCACAGUAAGAGCUUGGGAUUUCUCUAAGCCAUUAAUAUUUUGUCCUGCAAUGAACACUCGUAUGUAUGAUCAUCCUCUAACAGGAGAGCAAAUAUCAAAAUUAAAAAGUUGGGGAUACAUCGAGGUUCCUACGGUUUCUAAAACACUUAUGUGUGGUGAUACUGGCAAUGGUGCUAUGGCUGAGGUGGAUACAAUUUUUAAAACAAUUCUGGAUAGGUUAUCUUAAAUAUUUUAUACAUAAUGUUGAUAGUUUAGGUGUAUAAUAAAACAAAAUUAAAUAAAUAAAAAAAUAAUUAAAUAAUGUA